GCUUCAAGCACAUGGCAAGGGCACUUGCGGUUGCACUCGUUUACGCCACGACUGCCGUCGAAAUUCUCGGUGCAGAGAUCUACGCUGAUACUGCCCAGCCCGGGACCGUGUCGUCCGGGCGCUGCAGCAACUCCGAGCGCAACAAAAGGUCUCCGGGCAGCGGAGGUGUCCAGACGGUCUCCGUUCCCAUUCAGCGGCAAUCCGAAAACUUCGUCCGGGUGGCUCAACAUCUCCAACGAUGGCGCACAGCUAAGCCAAGACUCAUCCUCGCCCACGCCGCUAUCGCCGCUGACGAUCAUCGAGCUGGCUGAGGAGGUCGGGGACAAACACUCAUCACAGAUGAUGUGCCUCUCCGUGCGACCUCAAAGAAGCUGCAACACUGGCUCGAUCUGGGCGACUGGCGAGUGGCUCGCCAUCCGACAUGGAGGCAGCCGUGCUACUAGGUGCAGCUCGCCUGCUACCGCAGCAAAGCGAGUCUUCGCUCCACCGCCAAAGCCCUACCACUCACCUCACUUGGUUUUGUCUGUGACGGGGUGACACCGGAUAUCUUGAUUCGGUACCGAUGUCCGCAUUGCGGCAGGGCCCCGAGCGAUCAUGGUCGGUACCUCGGAGAUGGCGGUUUGUUGGGAAGGGGCUCAAUACUUUCGGCCGUACUUCUCUAAGCACAUCUGCACCAUGACAUUGUCCUGGCCCAUAUAAGACCUCCAAAUCCUCCGUGGCCAUCGCUCUGCUGCUGCGUCUCCGGCGGCCGACACUACGUUCUGCCGGACACCUUGCAUUCGCAUCCCUCACGGCCCGCCGGCCGCAUUCGCGAGGAUCUCUCCACGACACACCGUCCAUCAAGGGCUAGCCCAUCGGUCCCAAUGCCGCUCUUGUCGUACGCUCGCCCUUCGCAUGGCCAUAAAUCUUGCCAUGCAGCGGCUCGCGGCUCGUCGUUCAACCUGGUGGGGGUCCUAGCUGCGCGCCCUCAUGACCCCCGCGUUGUUGCACCGUUGAGUCCCCGGUGGUCGAGAUGACUCGUUCUCAUCAAUUUGACUCGAUGUAGCCUUGGCCUUGGCCGCAACAUUGAGGAUCAUGGCGGGGACGCAGGAGUGGCUGGCAGAGACGAGGGGAAGGCGGGCUGGUACUGACUGCGAAGACUGGUGCGGCGAGCGGGUGCCGCGCUCCGCUGUUUGGUACGGACGUAGCGGAGUGCGACGGCGAGGUGGAUUGAGAUGGUACGUACCUUGACAAGCAAGCCCUCUCCGCUGCUUGAUACCGUGUAUUUCUGGCAUUACACUUGGCUCACUUACAUUCUCGUCUGUCUCCGCCGCCGCUGGGAUGGCCUUGAUAGAGGUGCGUUGGGAGCGGUCUCGCAUGCCGGAGCCUUUGGUGUACUCCAGGCAGUUGAGAUUGAGCAGUUGACAUUCGGACAAGGUGGUGGCGGACAGAGAGCGAGUCGCGCGUCGGAUAGGCGACCGGGAUGUACGGUGACGUGUGUUUGCCGUCCGAGUUUGUUGCCUUUUAUUUCGCACUCUCGAACUCGAACUCUACUGGACUUGUAAAGAGAUAUAUUGCUGUUUGUACUGUACUGUACAUGCUCUAAAGUACACGACAGGUCUGCC